UUGGAAUUGGACGUAGAAUUCCCGUGCAAUGCUGCAAGUGCAGAGAUGUGGAGGAAGAUGAUUUAGUGGUUGUCAACUUUUAUCGUUUUGUAUUCAUCAAAGACCCACUUGCUGAGGUUGCCAAGCACCUCUCCUUCUUAAAGGUUCGGAAUUCAAUUUAAGAAAGAUUGUGUAAACAGCAAUUUUUAUACUAAACAUGUGUUUGCUUUUCUGGCUCAUUUUUUGUUUUAAAUAUUUUUCUAUAAAAUGGUAUAAUUGCCCAUAUUCAUAGACCAAAAGUGAAGCGUGAACUAGAUUUGAAUAUGUCAUGAACAAUCCUUGUGUUUACAUUUUUUGAGAAUUCCUACUGGGAAUCGAAUUAAAUUCUACUGGAAUAAUGUUCUUUGUGAGUUUGUAUUCCUUAAGUCCUUGGAUCACCAUGUUGAAUGCUAAAAAUAGUAGUUGGGUUGGGGUGGCUCGUAGGUGAAAUGUCACCAAAGAAAAGAAAUGAAAAAGUUCCAUUUGGAAAAUAUCUGUUGGAACUUCCUAUGAUGAUGAUAGAAUGGGCUGGUCGUAUAUUUUCACCAUAGAAGUUGACAAAAUAACACCCUUGUAAGACUUGAAUGCAGCCGUGGUUAUCUUAGUUUAUAUGUUACAGGGCUUUGAUAUAAAAGGUCGAAUCUAUCUGAACGAACAAGGGAUUAAUGCACAGUGGCCCUUCAAAAGAAGCUCUUGCAUAUGUUGAAUGGCUAAAGGAAGAUGAGAGAUUUUCCGACAUCUUAAUUCAGGUUUCUCCAGCACUAAAUGGGCAUGCCUUUCCAAAAUUGAAGUUGCGGUACAAGCCCUCAUUAGUUCAGAUGGAAGGAGGUAUUACCCAUCUUCCUUUGCUUGACCCUUCAAUGAGAGCAACACCUCUAGCACCAUCUGAAUGGAGAAAAAGAUUAGAUGCAAUGAAUACAAUAGAUGGUCCAUCAAAUGAAAAUCUCAAUAUCAAUUAUAUUCUAUUAGAUGUGAGAAAUGGUUAUGAGUGGGAUAUUGGUCAUUUUCAUGGAGCUCAACGGCCUGAUGUGGACUGCUUUAGGAGCACUUCAUUUGGGCAAUCACAGACAGAGGUCACUGCUUCAGAUCCUUUAGCCAAUGUUGAUAAAGAAAACACAGAUAUUUUGAUGUAUUGUACUGGAGGUAUCCGUUGCGAUGUAUAUUCUACGAUUCUAAGGAAACGGGGCUUUAAAAAUUUGUACACAUUAGAGGGAGGUGUAUCUCAUUAUCUGAAGAAUGUAGGCCCUAUUGAAUGGGUUGGGAAUUUGUUUGUUUUUGAUUCCCGUCUUUCUCUUCCCCCUUCUACCUACAAGCCUGAAGUUGUGACUGAAGCAACAAAGAAUCAACAAGUUUCUAAGAACGAUACAUUUGCUAGAUGCUUCAUCUGUGGUUCACAAGUCCGUGAGUUGAGGCAUAGGAACUGUGCAAAUCUUGACUGCAACCUGCUUUUUCUAUGUUGUAUGGAUUGCGUGAAGGAUUUAAGAGGAUGUUGCUGUACUAAUUGUACAACUGCUCCUCGACUUAGACCUGUUCUUCAUGGGCAUCAAAGAUACAAAAAGUGGCAUAUAUACAGAGAUUCAGAGUUGCCGACCAAAUUGACAGCUUGAUGGAAUUCAUUAUACUGUUUGAUGUUUGAGGAGGGUGUUCAUACAUUAAACAGCUCAAACCAAUCAUUCAAUCAGGCAAGGGUAGCAUUCAUGUUCGUUUGGUUUGUUAAGGUCAGAACAUCUCCAUUUUCUAGCAAGAGAGCCAGAGUUUAUUGCAAAGUUAAGAUAAGCAUUCCCCAUGGUUGAGAUCUUCAGAAAAAGCUCUUCCUAAAAGGAAAAUGAAUACGAAGAUAGGUGCUGGAAACCGAAGAACACCGCAAACUGAAUCACCUUGCAAGCUUACUAUUCAAAAGAAAAAAAAAAAAAGAAAAAAAGAAAAAAGUGCUUUUCCUUUCUCAUUCAUUUUUUAGCAGGCUCUUGUUAUUCAUCAAUGAUCAUCCAUUCUUGAACAAAAACAUGCUUGGAGAAUGAAUGACACUAAUAUGCAGAAACCAUGAUAACAUAAUUUUCUUUUUAUCAUAUGACUAAACUAAUUUGUAUUA